AUAUGGCGACGAGCUCACUAGCUCAGGAUCUAGUCCGAUGUGACGUGUGCACUGGUCCUAAGGAAGCUGCCGCAAUACUCUGUAAUACAUGUCAUGUCAAACUUUGUAAAUCAUGUAUGUCAAUUCAUGUCCACCAGGCCGGCCAUUCUCACGACAUUGUGCAGAUCGGACGCCAAGACUCCCAGCAGCCCUAUACAACGUGUAAAACACACGACGGUAAUACAUGUGCUAUCCAGUGUGUACAAUGUGAAAUUCCAGUCUGCAAUAAAUGCAUAAUUUCUGGGAGACAUAAGAACCAUGAUUUCAUGGACAUUUCUGACCACAUCGAAGAUGUGAAAGCCAGUGAUGUUGUUGAGACAGGAGACAUAUGCAGUACUGAAAAAGGUUCCACCCUUCUGUUAGAAAUAGAUACCAAUAGUUCUGAUUUAAACCGCAUUGCAAUUUGUCAGCCAGAUAAAAUAUGGAUUUCUGUCCUGUAUGAAAGCACCAUUUUGUGUCUGGGCUUCUCUGGUGCUGUGAAAGACAGUGUAAACGUCAUUUCCGGUGAAUAUCCAUCCGAUAUUGCUGCAAAUAGUGAAAAAGACCUUUAUGUGUGUGAUUGGAAAGAUAGAACGGUUAGCAAGUACAAUAUGGACAAUAAAGCAUUAGACAUUUUUGUCAGAUUGGAGGAAUGGACGCCACGUGCCAUUUGUGUAGGAAACUCUGGAGAUCUUUAUGUUUGCAUGACUAACGGCCAUCGUAACCAAUGCAAAGUGAUCCAGUACGAUGAUAGGUCCAUCAAGAAAGAAAUUCAGAAUGGUGACCAAGGGGAAGCAUUGUUUUCUUACCAAGGCGGGGACGUCUUCAUGACAGAAAAUGGAAACGAGGACAUAUGUGUAUCAUUGACAGCAAACAGGUCGUUGGUGGUUGUGAAUGAAGCCGGGGAGUUCCGAUUUAGUUACCGCGGAAACCUCCAGAGCCAGAGAGUUGGGGAGUUUUCACCACACGGUGUGGCGACGGACCGUCUUUACCAGAUUUUGAUAGCCGACUCAGAGAACCACUGCAUUCAUAUCGUUGACAGAGAUGGACAUUUUGUCACGUUUAUUGAUAACAUCGCUCUCAUGGAUCCAAGAGACAUCGCAGUUAACUCCUCAAACGGCAAUUUGUUCGUGUGUGAAUUCAGCACCGGUAAAAUAAAAGUAAUUAAAUAUUUAACAUAGAGACCAGUGAUAAUAGAGAAUGAUAUUAUUACCUUUUACGUUGAUAUUAUUAGCUCGACCGAGCAAAAGGCUCAGAUGAGCUUUACAUCACAAAAUAUUCAGUUAUUCGUUGUAUGUCGGUGCUUUUGUCGUCAGUGGCUUAUACAUUUCUCAGUUCAAUUUUCUUCAGAACCACUAUAGGCAAAAUUUCAACCACGAGCACAGAACAUACUGUGAUAAAGAAGAUUCAUUUUGGGUUUCCCGUAGCAAAACAGGAACACUGCCAUUCUUUCUAUAAUAUUAAAGGGUACUCAUCUUAAAAUUA